UUCCCCGGCCGCCGCGACUGCGCAGGCCUGGCCGGCUGGCUCGAAGCUAAGCUGGGCGGGGCGAGGGCGCCUGUGGACGGCAGCUCGGAGCGCAAGGCUGGAGUUAGACGGAGCUGCGCGGCCGCCGUAGUCUCAAACUGCUGUGCGCCGGAAGCCCGGCUGCCCCGUUUCCUGGUUCUUGCGCAUCCUUCGUUCCCCCGCUACCCCUACCCUGGCUUCGCGCCUGCAGCUGCCGCAGUCUUUUUAGAUUAAUCGGUCCCAUCUCCCGUCCUCCUAAUUCGGCCCUGGCCUUACUUGUAUCUCAACAGAGGACCGCGGACUUCAUUUCCGCUACCACCCCUACUUCCGGAAUCUACGGAAGCAGCCUGUUGCCACGGCGACUGUGUACACAGCCCGGCAGCAGAGCUUGCCGGGUUUCUUCUGUAGCUGCUAAUGCAGUGGUCGGGCUGCGGAAGGGCUCCAGCCUCCGGAGCGCUAGAAUGGGUACUAGGAAAAAAGUUCAUGCGUUUGUCCGUGUCAAACCUACUGAUGACUUUGCUCAUGAAAUGAUCAAAUAUGGAGAUGACAACAAAACCAUUAAUAUUCACUUAAAAAAAGAUACUCGGAGAGGAGUUGUCAAUAACCAGCAGACAGACUGGUCAUUCAAGCUGGAUGGAGUUCUCCAUGAUGCCUCCCAGGACUUGGUUUAUGAGACAGUCGCAAAGGAUGUGGUUUCUCAAGCCCUCAAUGGCUAUAAUGGCACCAUCAUGUGUUAUGGGCAGACGGGAGCUGGCAAGACAUACACCAUGACGGGGGCCACUGAGAAUUACAAGCACCGGGGGAUCCUCCCUCGUGCCCUACAACAGGUUUUUAAGAUGAUCGAAGAACGCCCCACACAGGCCAUCACUGUGCGUGUUUCCUACCUGGAAAUCUAUAAUGAGAGCCUGUUUGAUCUCCUGUCCACUCUGCCUUACGUUGGACCCUCGGUCACACCUAUGACCAUUGUGGAAAGUCCUCAGGGGGUCUUCAUUAAGGGCUUGUCAGUGCACCUCACAAGUCAGGAGGAGGAUGCGUUCAGCCUCCUUUUUGAGGGAGAGACCAACAGGAUUAUAGCCUCCCACACAAUGAACAAGAACUCAUCUAGGUCACACUGCAUUUUCACAAUCUACGUGGAGGCCCAUUCGCGGACCUUAUCAGACGCAAAGUACAUCACUUCCAAAAUUAACUUGGUGGAUCUAGCAGGCUCGGAGAGGCUGGGGAAGUCUAGGUCUGAGGGCCGAGUCCUGAAGGAAGCCACCUACAUCAACAAGUCGCUGUCAUUCCUGGAGCAGGCCAUCAUUGCCCUCGGGGACCAGAAGCGAGACCACAUCCCCUUCCGGCAGUGCAAGCUCACCCACGCCCUGAAGGAUUCCUUGGGGGGAAAUUGCAAUAUGAUCCUUGUGACAAACAUCUACGGAGAAGCCUCCCAGUUAGAAGAGACGCUGUCUUCACUGCGGUUUGCCAGCAGGAUGAAGCUGGUCACCACUGAGCCUGCCAUCAACGAAAAGUAUGACGCUGAGCGAAUGGUCAAGAACCUGGAGAAGGAGCUGGCACUGCUCAAGCAGGAACUAGCCAUCCAUGACAGCCUGGCCAACCGUACCCUUGUUAACUAUGACCCCAUGGAUGAAAUUCAAAUUGCCGAGAUCAACUCCCAGGUGCGGAGGUACCUGGAGGGAACGCUGGACGAGAUUGAUAUAAUCAACCUCAGACAGAUCCAGGAGGUGUUCAACCAGUUCCGGGUGGUUCUGAGCCAACAGGAACAGGAAGUGGAAUCCACUUUGCGCAGGAAGUACACCCUCAUAGACAAGAAUGACUUUGAAGCCAUCUCUGCUGUCCAGAAGGCAGGGCUCGUGGAUGAUGACGGCCACCUAGUGGGCGAGCCUGACGGACAAGGCUUCGGACUCGGAGUCGCCCCUUUCUCGACCAGACCCGGGAAGAAAUCCAAGUCCAAGAAGAUGUUCAAAGAGCAGCUCAGCUCCUUGGCAAGAAAGGAGGGUGCCAGCAGCCCUGUAAGUGGCAAGGAGUUGGAUGCUUCCACCUCCAAGACCCAGUUGACCCCAUCCUCCAAGGAUGGAGAUGUCAAAGACAUGCUUCUGCAGGACCGGGAGACCUCCAGUAUUGAGCCCCUUGCCUCGGAAUCCCCAAAGGAGGAAUUACGCCCACCCAGGCCCAGCACCCCACCCGCCAAGCCUGUGGCCUUUGAGGACUUUAAGAACGAACGGGGUAGUGAGAUCAACCGCAUCUUCAAAGAAAACAAAUCCAUUUUGAACGAGCGGAGGAAAAGGGCCAGCGAGACCACACAGCGCAUCAAUGCCAUCAAGCGGGAGAUCGACAUGACCAAGGAGGCACUAAAUUUCCACAAGUCACUACGAGAGAAGCAAGGCGAGUAUGAGAACAAGGGGCUGAUGAUCAUUGAUGAGGAGGAAUUCCUGCUGAUCUUGAAGCUUAAAGACCUCAAGAAGCAGUACCGGACAGAGUAUCAGGACCUACAGGACCUCAGGGCUGAGAUCCAGUACUGCCAGCGCCUGGUGGAUCAGUGUCGACAUCGCCUGCUCAUGGAAUUUGACAUCUGGUACAAUGAGUCCUUCUUUGUCCCUGAGGACCUGCAGGCGGCACUGAAGCCAGGUGGCAGCAUCCGGCCAGGCAUGAUGCCUCUCAGCAGGAUUGUGUCUCUGGGAGAAGAUGACCAGGACAGGUUCAGCCGGCUGCAGCAGACGAUGCUGCCAGAGGGCCCUGAUUCUGUCUCCUUCUACAAUGCCAAAGUCAAGACAGAACAGAAGCACAAUUAUUUGAAAACCAUGAUGGGCCUCCAGCAGACACAUAGAAAAUAGGGACUCACUGACAGUGCGUUGAAGGACGAAACCCCCAGCUACUCCUGCCUAUUCUAGAGGCACUGCCAGAGCACCUGCCCAGACUCCAAUCCCUCUGCUCCAAGGCUGGGCGCAGCCCAGAGAACACACAAUGGCCUACCUGCCAGGAGGAACAGCCUUCAAAGGACACCUUCGAAUAUCUUCACAGAACACUUUUGGUUUCGAUUCACUGUCUUAUAUGCAGGGACAGGAUAAAAUAACUUUCUA